AUGGUUGUGAUCUCUCCUCUUAAUUCGCUUAUCAAGGAUCAAAUAAUUUCAUGCGAAAGAAUUGGUAUCAAAGCUUGUAAAGUUGAAGUGGAAAAUUCGACUUCUUUGCUUGAAGUAUGUGAUUACGAUAUCUUGUUUGCAAGCCCAGAGGUACUUGAAAAUCCUUUGGUGGCAAAACUUCUCACGCGGUACUGUGACCGUAUCAUCGGAAUUGUUAUUGACGAGUCACAUUGUGUUGUACAGUGGUGAGUUUUUUUUUUGUUAAUAGUUGUAAGCCAACGUUUGUUUUUAGUGAUUCAUCGAAAGAUCUAAGCUACUCUACACGCUCUUGUACAUGUAGUACAAGUCAAAUAUUUGAUAUUUGAGUACCUUUCAAACCGAUUUACUUUCAUAUUCCAUUUAGUAAUAUAGGAGCUAAAGUAACUGUUUGUUAUUAGUCAGUGAGAAAGAUUUUAUUUGUAUACCGGUAAUUAAAUAUGUUAAGUAUGAUAUUACGAAAACUGUUAUACAUUGUAUGAAAUAGUACAUGAUCCAUUCCUAGCAGUAUGCAGAAUGUUUAGUACAUGAACAUAGUUAAGUGGUCCACGAGUCUCCUGUAACUCACUGCUUGAGCAUCUGGACUAGUUCAUACACUGUAGGUGUGAUUCGUGUUGGGAGUGUACGCACUGCAUUUCACUGACUGAAAAAAAAAACAUCUUUCUCUUUAAAAUAAAUAAUUUAUUAUUUUACAAUGUUUGCUUGUUUCUCUUUUGUUGCAAAAAGAAUCUUGAGCCAUUUUUAAAUUUGUAGAAAAUCAAAGUUAACUUAUCAGUUUUCUAACAUAAUAAUGCCCUUCUGUAUUUUUAAUACCAACCAUUUUUGUGGGUUCUACAUUGUAUUCCUUGAGCAGGGAAUUUUAAUGCGACUUCACAGGGGCCAUAAUCGUGUUUCUGAGCUAUAAAACUUCACCUAUCUUGGUUUACCAUGCUAAUCCUGUGGGAGGUGUGAACUAUUUUGUCAUGUAAGCACUUUUGUUAGUUCCUGUGAAUUGAAUGGCAUAUCUGCUAGCCACAUGAGUUAAAAUACCCUAGGGUUUUUUUUCCACAAAAUUUUAGCAUCUUGCUUGCUUUAGAACAUUUUGCUUUGCUUCUGGUGUUUGUUUCUGCCUGUUAGUGGAACUUUUCAAGGGAUAUGGGCUUAUUUCCCUCUUAAUAGCCUCAUUAUAAAGGAGGGAAUUCUUUUUUAAGGGAGACUUCAGACAGUUGCCAGCCAGAGAAGGUGCCCUUCAGAGAAGCUUAUAGCAGACUUGGCAACCUGCGAAGUUUUGUUAGAGCCCCGUUCAUGUGUCUAACAGCUACAGCUAGCAGAAAAGUACGGAGUAAAAUUAUUAAGCUUCUUCACAUGACCAACACAAAACAUGUCAAGCAGUCACCUGACAAAAAGAACAUCACAUAUUUGGUCAAGAAAGUUGAUGAACUGGAGGAGACUUUUCAGUGGCUCAUAGAUCAGCUUACACGUACAUGGCAAAUUCCAAAGACUAUUAUAUACUGUCGUUCCCUCAAAGAUUGUGGGGAAAUUUACACACUAUUUGAUGAGGUAAAGGGAGGUUCUAGUAACUGUGAUACGUCAAUACCAGUGGUAGCAAUGUAUCACAGUAAAACCCCUGACAAUAUCAAGGAAUUGGUCCUUUCCUCCCUGUUAGAGGUUGAUGGAAAGUGUCGUGUGGUAAUAGCAACAAGUGCCCUGGGUAUGGGGGUGAACAUCCCAGAUGUUCGUUCCAUCAUACAUUAUGCCCCCCCAUCAAAUGUGGAAGAGUAUAUCCAAGAGGUAGGUCGUGGUGGAAGAGAUGGCAAGAGGUGUGAUGCAACACUUUACUUUAAGCCAAUCCAUCUUUCACACUGUGAUGAUCAUAUGCGAAAGUACGUUAAAAACCCUGAGCAGGUAUGUAGAAGAGUCAUGCUGAUGACCUAUUUCAAGGAAAAGAUCAAUUCACCCGAUUUAAAGCGUGAAUGUUGUGAUGUGUGCCAGAAAUCAUGUCAAUGCACUAGUUGUAUCAAGGGUUCCCUCAACUCUGCUUCUCUUGUACAUGUGGCCGAAUCGAUUGACCUGGCAGUAGGAGAUGUGCCUGCAUUGUCGAGACAGGUGGACGACAAAUGCUGUCAGAAAUUAAGAUCGAAGCAGGCAGUUCCAUAUUUGGAACUGUGGGACUGUCCUGUGGGCUUGAUGAUGAGGUCAUUGAAGCCAUUGCAAACGAGUGUCAGUACAUAUUUUCUAUUGACUAUAUGA